AUGCCGUCGUCGGCUCCGCCGUCCCCGGACGCGAUUGCCGCAGCGAACGCAGCGGCGGCGGCAUCGGCGCGUCCUGCGCCUGCAAGUUCCGAGUCGAACGAGCCUCCGAGCGCCUUCCGACGCGCUCCGGAAGCCUCGCAAUGCUCGGAACUCGACUGGUGCAGCGCGCGCAGCAACCCGAGCGUCAGCAGCUUCAACAGCUUCAACAGCAGCACGCGCGAGAUGCACCGGCGCGCCGUGGCCAGCGCCUUCUUCGGUCCAGUGUCGGGUACCACCGAGGUGAUCGAGGAGACGGACGAAAGCUCCGAGCCGCCGGUCUGCCAGCGCAGCGUCAGUAGCGACAGAGGCAGCAGACGGAGACGACGUAUGGGCAGCGGGGAGGGGCUGCUCCGACGGGUAUUUCGGCACAGAACGGCGUCCGAGUCGGCGCUGACAACCACAGCAGACGGAGGAGAAGAGGAGGAGGAGGAGGAGAGGGAAGCGCAGACGCAGAAGCGGACGUUGAGGCAGCAGUUGUCGCUGCCGCUGGACUCGCCCAAUAGAGAGAACGAGACGCCCGAGGAGCGCGCGAGACGCAGAGAGAACAGGACGUUGUUUGAGGAGCUGGUGCAUCUAGCCAACACACGGCAACCAGUGCAAUUCGACGCGUUCAAGCUGAGGAGGAAUAGUAGCAGGGCGAGAAGCAGCAGAGGCAUGUCGCUGAGUGCUCAAUUGAGGCGGUCGGGCUCGGCUGAGGCGCACGACAUUGCGGACUUUAGCUCGGAUGAGGAGGAAGAGGAACAGGGCAGUGAUAGCGACACAGGUGUGGACGACGAGACCAUCAACACGGAGCUCUUGGAGGCGUACAUUGCCUACUCCAAGUCCAUCGGCCACGAGCCCAACAUCCAGCUGAACCCGGCCAUGAUCCCUCUCGGAGCAGACCGGAAGUCUCGAGACAGUCACGUGGAUAAGGACGACAAUGGCUGGGACGAAGACGGCGAGAACAUUACUCAGCGCGCGUCCUUUAUCCAGGAACGGCCGACGCUGAAAGAGCACCAGCACUUCUGGACGGGGUUUCUAGGAACGAGGUACAGCAAGCGCCGCGGUUGCGUGCAGUUCUGGACGUGGCUACUGAUUGGAGUGGGCGUGCUGCUGUGGCUGGGCAUCUCGCUGUCCUCUUUACAGCUGAACGAGGUCCUGCACUUGGACGCCUUCACGGUUCAAGACGUUCAGAUCACGGAGGACUUUACGUACUUGCACUUCUUGGAGGAGGUGGACUUCCACCUGACCUACACCAUCGAGACGCCCAGUCCGAGCUCCAGUGAAAACCCCAACGCAACCUACUUCAAUGCGCUCCUACUCAACGAGUAUGAGUUCGAGCACUACGUCGAUGGUGAGCCGUUCAAGUACAUUGCUGCGGGGUCAACGUUCCGUACCACGUACGCGUACUUGCCGCAUACGUACAUUGACAACACCAUCAAGGAGACAAUGUACUUCGUCAUGCAGCCAUGCUACCUGGAGCGCAACCCGACAGCCGACUAUUGUAACACCGAGCAGUUGCCUACCAGUGUCGAAUCCAGCGAGAAGGUCUACAAUCUCGAUCAGAAGAAGAAGAUGCAGAAGAAGGCUGUGUGGGAGCACUUCAACGUGACCUACUUGUCUGUGAACCCCAUGCCAGUGGCCUGCAGUUCGUCCGGUUGGCUCGGUGGCAGCUACUUACUGCUGUUUCUCCCGUAUCUGAUCAUUACUCUCUUCGGACUGCGCAUCUUCCAAAUGGUGGUGCACUGUGAGAGCUGGCAGAAGAACCUCGAGCGCAUCUACUCUCGUGAGCUGAAUGUGCCAGAGAAUGAAGUGGACUACUGGCAGCCAAUGCCAUGGGAUCGCAAGGUGCCGAAGACAAAGCUGUGUGGUCCGUGCUGCUGGAAGAAGUUCCGUCGGCCUUUUGAGCCGUUCUACACGUGGUGGCGGCACGAGAACUACUUCACGUGGAUCUUUUGCCCGUAUCGAAAUGAACGACUGUCAAGGGGAGAGCGGGCUCUGAUCGUGGUGUGCUCGCUGUACAUUACGUUUUACGUGCUGUUCAUCAUCGUGAUGCUGCGAGACUCGUGGGGUGCAGACAUCACGAUCUUUACGUCUGUGGUGCUAUACGCCAUCCUGAUCUCUAUCCUCCCGUCCGCGGGUAAAGCUGUAUUCAAGGAGCUGUUCAAGUUGAUAUUCCGUCAGCGACGCAAGUACUUCCGUGCCAAGGCUGGUGGUGGUGAUCUCAAGGGGUUUUCCUUUCGGUUGGCCUUCCUACUCCAGUUCCUUGUAGUAGUACUGCUCACGCUAGCCCAAGCUCCGAUCUUCUACAUCUGGGCGUUUCGCAGUUGUUUGUUUCUGAAGAAGUUCAUGUGGUUCGGUGUGCUAGCUGCGAUCAUGCGGAUGUCGCUCAUGGGUUUGGUGCAGGACUUCGCGUGGUACCUGAUCAUCAAGACGUGGGGGUGGAAGGACUUGUGUCCGUACUGCACGGAGCGUAUCAAGCACUGCGACUGCUUCAACGACGAGUUGUUGGUGCUUGCUGUUGAGCGCGUGGGUCCCAAGUGGGAGCUCAUUCGAGUUCUCGACGACCUCAUGGCCAAGCAGCACCACUACGAUCCACAGUUCGCACUCUACACGUCGGAGCAGCUCCGCGAGCGCUGGGACGUCCUCGUCGAGCGAGCUGAAAAGCACAUGGAGAAGAUCGAGAAGCUUCGAGCGUAUCAGGAGAAGAAGCGGCUUGAUGCUCUGCGUCACGAGCGUGUGCGCCGUAGCCUGACGAGCUUCUUGUCGUUCCGAGGCACGACGCACUCAGGCCAGCCAGGAUCAGGGAAACAGGUGAACGGAGACGAGGACGAAGCAACGGAGCGCAAGUCGUCAGAGGCCGACAGCACGAGCAGCAGCACCGAAGAGACCCGCAACCGCGAGUCGGACGUAGACAUCCACGUGUGCAGUCUCCGCGAGAAGAAGAUUCUGGAGCUGAACAACAAGAUCAAGCUGGACACGUUCGAGAAGCACUACGACUCCAACAUCUCGGAGGUCUUCCACUCGCUCACGCUCUCGGUGCAGAAGCUGCGUCGCCACGGCAAGCGCAAACACAAGUCCAAGUCCAAGUCGAAGAGCGCCAAUCUCGAGAAAAUUCCAGAAGAAGGUGCGGACAGCGACAGUGAGCACGAAAUUUCAAGGUCCAGGACGCAGUUGGGCUCUCGUAGCAGCGACGGUGAGACCAUGUGGGUCUUCGACACUCCGGCACAGCGUCUCGAGCGCCGUGAAGAGGAGAAAUUGCAGCGCAAACGCGCCUUCCGCGUCUUGAACGACUAUAAGAUCGAGUCGGUGGCCAACCCCGAGCCAAGCACGCCCACGGCUCCGAUGCUGUCUCCAAUUAUGUCGCGACAAGGCUCAAUGUCGGCAAUCUCAACUGGAGCGCCGCUGUCCACAAGCCGAGUGAGUCAACAAGACUCCAAGAAGAGGCCGCUGCUAUCGACGCGCAACAAACAACCGUCACCUCGAAGCGAGGACCUGGUGAUCCUCAUGUCGGAUGAACCCAAGGCCAAAGCCAAGGAGAAGGUCAAUCUGGACGAGAUGGCGUCUGGAUGCGUUGCAGACGACUAUGACGACGAUAACGACGACGAAUACCCGAGCGACUUGGAGCGUGGAACCCGCGCUCCCCUUUCCGGUGCUCCAGACCAACCUCCUACCAGCACCUCGCGCGUCUACUCCGUCACGGAGCGGCCGCAGACGCUCUUCCGAAAAGUGUCCGCGUCCGCAUCAGCUUUCGCAGCGUGGGCUCUCAACUACGACCCCAACGUCAAGUACUAA